AUGCUCGAUCCGCAAACAUUAGAUGAAAUUGAUGUACUAACACGUACUGUCUAUGGUGAAGCACGUGGAGAAACUAUAGAUGGUCAAGCAGCUGUUGCUUGGGUAAUUCAAAAUCGAGCUGCUAAAGGUCGUACAUAUAUGGGCAAAACUAUUAAAGACGUAUGUCUUAAACCUAAUCAAUUUUCAUGUUGGAAUUCCAAUAAUGUUAAUCGGAAGUUACUUCUCGAUUUAAAUACAAAAAGUGAAAUAUAUGAAAAUAUUCGCCGAGUUGUAGAACAAGUAUUAAAUGGAACACGAGCUGAUAAUACAAACGGUUCAACACAUUAUCAUACCAGUCACGUCCAACCUAAUUGGACAAAAGACAAGAGUCCAACAGUUACUAUUGGCAAUCAUUUAUUUUACAAUAAUAUUGAUUAA